CCUCCAAGGGAGCCUCUCUUCUGCGAUUCCAGGCCCAGCCCAGCCUCUCAGCCACCAUGAAGCUGCUCUGCCUUCUGCUGACCCUCUGCUUACUGUCCUUCCAGAUCACCCCAGGUGUCAUUGCAGGUAUGAGCCUUACAGGUCUGGGCCACAGAUCUGAUCAUUAUCUAUGCGUCAAAAAUGAAGGAAUAUGUCUCUACUCCUCUUGUCCAAGCUAUACCAAAAUUGAAGGCACCUGUUAUGGUGGGAAGGCCAAGUGCUGCAAGAGAAAGCAGUGAUUGGAAGAAAGAAUGUAGAAGUCAAGUGAAAUAUUUGUAAUCAUUGUUUUAAUAAAUGCAAAUUUUUUU